AUGGCGGCUUUCUUACAAAAAAGAAUGUUCUCAUUCUUCGUUCGUUCUAGCGGCCUAGUUAUCCGCCAGUCUUUGCCGGGAAGACAUAAUCCAAGUCUUAAGAAGAAAAAGGGCCCAACCGUUGUUAACAAGAAGAAAAAUCAGCCGGUAUUUCGCAAACCGACCGAAGUUGUUCCGCCCGUGGACAGCGAGUCCUUGCUAAAUCCUGCGUUGCUAGAAGCACCAAGAAUAAGAAAACCAGUCAAGUUAUCGUAUGAAGAGCAGGAGAGAAGAACUUUGUUGUUAAAACAGUGGUCAAGAUACAAAAUGAAGCAACAUAAGGAAGAACUGCAGCGUAUUCAAGAGCUGCAACGCUGUCGCGAAGAAGCUUUAAAAGAACUGAAGAAAACCUCGUUGUUUCUUUAUCACGAGGCGAUCAAAGUCAACCACGAUUUCUUUCCAAUUCAGUUUAAAGGGCCAACAGAGACGCCACCAAUUCCUGGGUACAUGGCACCCGAUAUGGAAGAAAAUAAAGGAGACAAAAUGAAAGUUAAGGCCAAGAGCUGA